AAAACAAUUAAUAUUGAAAAUAAGGUCAAUGGACUUAUAAAAAGUAUUUUUUUGAUGAAUUUUCCAAAAUAAAAAUUCAAUAAUGUACGCCCAGACAUUGUAUACUCCUCCGAUAAAAAAAUAUGUUAAUAAGAAAAACUCAGUUUGUAGAACAUGCUUGAAGUAUGGUUCUAAUAAUAUUUAUCUUAAGAUUUAUGAAAGAGGCAAAUAUGGUGCUGAAGAAGUCAAAUUUUCUCAAAUGUUAAGUACCAUUGUACCAGAAUUGGUUUUAAGUCUCACAAAUAAUCCAGAGAUCUGUUUGCAAUGUGCAGAAGAAGUUAUACGUUCAUACAGUUUCAAAAAAAAGUGCUUACAGACUGAAAACACAAUAGACUUGUUCAUGAAGAGUGUAAGGAGUACUUCAAAGAAAUUAGAUUUGUUAGAAAUUUCACAAUUUUCUCAGUCUAGAUUCAUGAUAUACAAUGCACAAAACAUAUUAUCAGAAUGGGAAGAUGAUUCCAGUGAGGACCUUACAUCAGCAGGAGGGAGAUUUGAAUCUACUGUCACUAAUCAUAUUCCGGAUGAUUUCAAGAACUGGUUUUAUUUUCGUACUUUCAGGACACGCCUGAGAGUGAAGGCAGGUGUUUGUCCCCAUAAAUUUUUGGAUGGUAAACCAAAAUCUGAGGAAGAUGAUAAACUAGAAGUGUCUAAAAGGAAAGAGAUUAUAGACAGAUUAUUGGCAGAUUCUCAAUCUAAAGAAACCAAUGAUUUGUCACUAUCUGGGAAUGAUAAUGGGAAUGAUUGUACUUUUAGUGAUCCAGUCCCAUCCUCUUUGGAUAAACCACCUCAUGUGAAUGAAAAAAAAGUAAAAUCUUUAACAAACUCUAAGGCUAAAUCUAAAUCUACUGGUUCUUUAAUCCCAGUAAAUAGUAAACCAGAGAAUUAUAAAAAGAAUGAUUUUGUUGUGAAUCCUAAAUGUCUAUGUGGAGAUUCCCCCCUUUUCAAUACUUCUUAUUAUGUGAAUGUGAAUUUGCCGAUUGUGAGUCACACUCACUUGAAUUAUGGUGGUAAAAGAGGGAGGAAAAAGAAACUUAAUGUGUGUCAAACUUCUGACAAUUUGCAGCAAUCCAAAAGGAAUCUUCCGAAUAUACUUGCUCGUCCUAGCAGUAAGUCCAAAACUGACCUCUCCACUGGAAAGGAAAAACCUGUCGAUAGAAAUAAACAGAACAGCCCCAACAAAAAUGAAAAUUUCGAGAAAAGGAUCAGUACGGCUACGUCUCCGAUUAUUUUGGGCCAAUUGGAGGCUGUCAAAAUUGCUGAAAUUAGUAAUGGAAGCUCGCUGCUUUGCACAGAAACCGGUUUAUUCACUAACCCAAAGGGUCACCGUAUCACCUUGGACAGUGAACUGAUGAAUGAUAAGGAAAUCGAAGCGGCAAAGCUGAACGUACCUGUCGAAAAACCCAAUUCUCUGACGAUUUGCGAAGAAACGGGAUUAUUCAAGAACCUGAGUGGUGAACACUUCAAUGCGAAUGGUAAAAUGAUAGACCCCCAUGAUGUCGAAGCUGAGAAGAGAGCAGCAACGGUUAGAGGUCACCAUCUAUUUCGUAUCGGGGAAGUGUUUUCUGUAAAUGAAAGAGAGGGGCAUUCCCUUCCAAACACUGGCAGUGGAAUAAACGAUUCGAAUAAUGAAACAAUAUUGAUCAAUGAUGACUCUGGAGCCACGAGAAAUGACAUGAAUGAGAUUAGGAAGAGCCUGUUGAGAAUCAGGGACCUAUCUAGCAUGACGAAUCAAUCAAUCGAUUCCACAAAGGACGGCUUGGUAGAUGAUGGAAGUAAAGCACAAAUGAGAAGUGAACAUUUGUUACGAAUAAAGGAUAUAUCCACCAUGAAAGGUCAGACCAAUAUUGAAGUAAAGUCAAAAAAACAGAAGAGUGCCAUCAGUUCAAUACACAGGAAAGUAAGAAUAGUGAGAACAAUCACGAAGGACAAAGAAACGAGAAAAAAUACAAUUGAAACAGUCAAUCCUCCAACCAUAGUUCCACCAACUGUUGAGAACAAAAAUGAAACAGUCCUGAAACAGCUUUUAGAACAACCUCUACUACCUUCAGAAACUAUCUCUAAGGUGGCCCCAGCUACCCAACCCACUCCAGAUAUAGACAACAAUAAUCAAAAUGCGGAUAUCACUAGGCGGGACCCUAGUGAGAAAGAAGUUGACGUUAAAAAAGAACUCCCAGAUAUGGAUCGACUACAGAUCAAUUAUCCACCCAUCAUCGAUGAAGAAGAUACUUCAUCUGCAUCAGAAACAAUGUCCCAAGAGAAUAUACAGGAACUGAUUGACUCUCUGGAUGCAGCCGAUUCUUACGUAGACGUACCCGAAUUCGUUCAAAUCAACAAAUUCACCUUCAAAGAUUUGGAAGCGUUGAAGGAAAAGGGUCUCGCUCUGCUAAAGGAUGUAAGCAUCCCUGCUAGUUUACCGCCCCCUCCCGUUUUGAAUCCGUUGGUUUCGGAGCUAAACUUGGAGAAACUGUUGAAGAGCCGACCGGAAAAUAGGAUAACGACUAGGCAGGAAAUGCUGGAGAGGUUGAUAGUGAACGAAAUAGAAAAGGCUAGACCUGAUGAGCCGAACAGCAAUUCUAACGACAGUGUCGAGAAAACAGGUGAUAUUCAAAUAGCAUUCACAGGAAAAUCAUUGGUCAAGAGCGUAGGAGGUUACAAAGAAGACAAUUCUGUACAAACACCACCAAUUCCCCCUCUGUCAUGGAGUAGGAAAGGUAUCCAAAAAAUUCCAUUGGGACCUUCGAAAACAGAUAGGAGACAACGGAAACGAAAACUCAAGAUAGUACCUGUUGCCGAAAAACUUGCUAGCUGCCCAAGACGCAAUUCUAAGGAACGUCUUGUUUGUGUCCUGAAAACUUCCAACAAAAAGAAGGAAAUGAAGUAUCCGGACAGAGAGGUUUGUGUCCUCUUCACAAACUAUAGUGAUGACGGCCUGUAUAUAAAUGAUCACGACUAUUUGGUGACGCCUUACAAAAGGAAUAGGAUACUGAUGGAAGAAAAUGGAGAAAAUUUUUGUAUGUGCUACAUUUGCGGUUCCAAACACAACAUCAUCGAUCACGUACCCCACAUGAAUUCACACGAACCGAAAUGCCCGCUGUGCAACGUCAACCUGGGUACGGGAUACAUGCUGAAUUUGCAUAUGAAAGUCCACGCGAGUACUUGUGAACAUUGUUCAGAGCUGGUGGCCCACUCGAAAGUUCUGGAACAUGCGGCAAAACAUUUGGAAGUUGAUGAUGUGAAGGAUUUCCCUCUGAGGUUUGACGAAGAACCAAAAGUUCAUCAGGAAACGCGCAAAAAAUCACCAAAGAAACAAUCAACGGGAGACAAAAAAUCGCCGCCGAACAAAAAUUCGUCAUCAGCUAAUAAAUCCUCACCUGACAAAGAACCAUUGCCAAACGAAGAACCAUCGGCAGAAGAAAAAGAAUCAACCGACCAGAAACUAUCGACCGACCAGCAAUUAUCGACCGACCAGCAACUAUCGCCCGACAAAAAAAUAUCGUCCGACAAAAAACUAUCGCCCGACAAAAAACUAUCGUCCAACAAAAAAUUACUGUUGCAUGAGAAAAUACAAAUGGACAUCGAUUCGAAAUUUGUACUAGAGAAAGUGGAUACCCCUCCUGUGAGAAAGGCGACCAAAAGACGAAAGAGUACGGACGACAUAGUAAACGAAGGUCUUACGGGAAAAAGAGUAUUGAGAUCUGCAUCGAAAAAGACUGAAAGUAGUGAGCUACCAUCUACGUAAGGAAAAUUUUGAGCUCUAAUGGGAUCAAUAUGGAGUUAGAAGGUGUUUUCAAAGUGAUCUGUGCAUGUGAUUGUUUUGCAGAAUAGUUUUUUGCAAUGUGAUUUAUAUCCCAUUAGUUACUAUAAGUUCAAUCAAAUUGUAAAUUGUAUAUUUUCCAUUUUCUUAAUGGAUUGAUUUGACUAUAAGUCACCAUCUUAAUGUAAAAAAAGUAAAAUUUGUAUUAUCAAAUCAGUUUGUAGAUCACAAUGUUCGAGUUAUGUUAUUGUACACAUUUAUAUUUUGAAAGUAAAUGUAUAAUUUUUC